AUGGGAACGUCGGGAGUAAACUUCACCAUCUCUACUGGGUUAACUACACCGGGACGCAACGAAUCAGGCUUUCGGGAGUCCCCUGAACCCAUCGACUCAGUCGCGCUGAUUCCAGCCACCGUCAGCAGUCGUCCCGGCCCUGAGAUCGAUUGUGGUGACGGGGUUCUCCAGCCUGCCUCCGCAGGCAAGUACACAGUUCCGAUUAGUUUUCCGCUUGGUGAUGGAAUUUUACCUUCCAGCGAACAACUACCCAGUAUGCCUUCUGGACGGCGUGACUAUAUUAGCAUUUUCUACCAAAACGUCGGUGGCAUUAACUCUUGCGUUAAUGAGUAUUUGUUGGCCUCUUCCUGCUGCUGCCAUGAUGUUAUUGCCCUAACCGAAACAUGGCUAAACGCCAGGACCUUCACCAGUCAGGUUUUUAGUUCUGACUAUGUCGUGUUUCGUUGCGAUCGUGGCCCCAGUAACAGUCUGAAGUCAACCGGAGGCGGAGUUUUACUGGCCAUCAAAUCAACUUUGCAAGCUGUGUCUAUCGACGACAAUUCCUGGGAUGAUCUGGAAAUUGUGUGGGUCCGCCUCGAUCUCGGUAACCGGAAGCUCUUUGUGUGUGUGGUCUACAUCCCUCCGGAUCGUACACGAGAUGUGAGUAUUGCCGAUUCGUUUUCCAGCUGCCUCACCAAAGUCACGUCGCUUGCCUCACCUGAAGACGACAUAUUAAUCAUCGGUGAUUUCAAUUUACCGGGUAUCAAAUGGUGUCCCUCUCAAGGCGGAUUUUUAUAUCCUGACCCAGCUCGUUCCUCAUUUUCGGCAUUCUCCGAAACUAUUUUUGACUCCUUAAGCACAGCCACACUCCGUCAGAUCAAUAGCGUCGAGAAUGAAAACGGACGUAUGCUUGAUCUAUGUUUCGUGAAUGAAGGAAUUAGAACACCGACAAUUGAAUUAGCUCCUGUGCCUUUGGUCAAAUUGGUUCGUUAUCAUCCAGCUUUGCUCAUCUCAAUUGAAGUUUCCGGCUUGGAUAUUUCUUCUAGAAAACCAGCUGCAUUCUUUCUCGAUUAUAAAAACGCAGACUUUCAAGCUAUCUCUGAAGUGUUAGACUCUGUAGACUGGGAAUCCGAGCUUACACUUUCUGAUCCCAAUGCCGCGGCUGAAACUUUUUCACACGUCAUCAAUUACAUUAUUGAUCGUCAUGUUCCGAAACGUUUGGUGAAUGAAAAUUCAAGAGCUCCCUGGAUCACCAAAGAACUACGCCAGAUGAAAACUUUAAAAUGCAAAGCCUUCCGCUAUUAUAAUAGGCACAAAACACAAGACGCUAAAGACCAUUACCGUAAACUUAAUGCUGCGUAUAAAAAAGCUAGCUGCCGAUGCUAUAGAAACUAUCUGACGCGACUGCAACGAAACUUCAAGAAUAGUCCUAAAUCGUUCUGGAAACAUGUCAAAGAUCAGCGGAGAGAAUUUGGACUUCCAACCAACAUGUUCUUGGAGGGCGAAACUGCAAGUUCGGAUCUCGGUAUAUGUCCGCUGCUUCCGGUGUGGUACAAUCGGGGCGCCGACGUCGAUGUAGAGCGCGCCAAACGAGCGCCGUCGUUUAUGUUGCGCCUGAUGUUGGAUGCGGAUUGA